UUACAGGCCGCUAGCCCCUUGUCAAUAAUGACAAAAAGCGCUCUGGCGUAAAGCGCCGAACGAGUCAUCGUGAUAAGAGCUAUAAUCCUGUACCUGUUCAACGGCUGCGCCGAAAGCACAGCUUUCUCCCAACCGCACGCCGCUCCGUGCGCAGCACAAAGACCAGGUGCUAAAAUGGAGUGGACCUCCCGCAGCAGCGACAAAAAGAACACGAGGAACGACACCAUCGAACAAGCCAAAGCAGCAAGAGAAGCGCGAGCGCGAGCCAAGCGCGAACAGCGGCCCGCGUUAGUGAUCACUAAAGCUAUACGACGACAAGCACACAGAACCGCUUUCCGGAAAAGCUGCGCCGAGCGCUGCACGAAGAAGUCUGCUGACAUCGCGAAACUGAAACAACUGCUCGCGGCCGCAAACAAACCCUUCACGCUGCCGGCGGAGCACGCGGGGCCUUUAUUGAGAGACGCGGCGCUCGCGCGCGACGCCCUCGACGCCAAAGCGCUCGAAGCCAUCAUCAACGUCGCGGGCCUCGCGGAUUGCAAAGACGACGACGCGUGGCGGCUGAAGGUCCUCGCGGCGCGGUGCUGGCGCGUCGGGCUGAGUAACAGAAACGAAGGAUUAAUUGACGCCGUCGGCGCUUUACUAAACCGGCGCGGCGAUGUUGAUUUGCGUGAAUUAAUCCUCGACGACGAUGGCGCGCUGCGAGUAGCAAUUCGAGGCAGGCGCGGCGCCUUCCUCGAAGCGGCCGUCGCCGCGGCAGCUUCAGCGGCGCGACGUUUAGGUGAGGAGGCGCUCUUUGCGCGGCUGCUGUGGCCAACAAAUAUUGUGGAGGUCGCGGGCGAGGCCGGUAAACGAGCGCUCGUCGGCGAUGGUUCAUCAAAAGCGCUCCGAGCUAUGAUUGAAGAGGGCCCGCUGGCCGAGAGUGGUGAAGCAGAUGUCGACGCGCACGCUCGUAUAUUGGGAACGCUCGGUAGUUUGGGACGGCGGCUCCUCUCAUCAAAAAAUAGUGACGCGCGCGCCUUCGCCGACGCCGUCGCCACUUCACUCAAGCGCACGGAGAACGCCUCAUCAUUAUUCACGGACGAGGAUGUGGUCGUGGCCUGGCGCGUGGUGCGCGGCGCGAAGACGCCCGUGACGGCGUCCCGCGAGCUUAGAGAUAGAGCGAAGGACCUCGUGGACGCGCGGAACGGGUGUCUGGGCGUGUUGUUCGACGCUCUGGUAUCAGAGAUUGAUUUAGGCUUCCUCGACGCGCCCCCGGCAAGUGAAAUGGCCCUCGACGCGCAAUUAGCCCAACAAACCGCCGACGAGUUUUCCGAGGCCGCCGCGAAGAAGAAGCGGUCGGCCCUCGCCGAUAUGGUAGGAUCGAAGUGGGCUCGAAAAUUGGAGAAGACCGCGGGUAGCAUGGAGAAGUCCGUGCUCAGAGCCUUUGGCUACUCGUCGAAAAAGAAACCGGCUCCCAAAAACUACUCGGUUACCAAAAUCAAGGCGCCUUCCUUGACUCCCAUGAUAAUUGGAGACGCCGAGGCCUGGGCCCUCGCCACAUGUCUGGGAUUGGCGGCGUGCUCUCCUGUUUUAAGGCUGAAGGCCCUGACGCAAUUGACCUUCCGGAACGACGCUCCGAGAAAGCUCUGGGGGUUCCUAGCAGCGCAACCGGAGCGCGUGACUUACGCUCUAUCAGCGUACUUUAGUGGAGGACGACUGACGAGCGACGUCGCGCUGGCUUGUGUGACCGCGGCGUUGCUACGGCAUGCAUUAUUAGUGGCGGACGACGACGACGUGCUCCAAGGCCAUCCACUACAGCCCUUCAUGCUGCGCAAAGUCCUACAAAUGUAUAAACCGGCGGCGUUUAGUUACUGCUGGUCUUCCCCAAAAAAAGAUGCCGUGAGGGACGAGUUGUUUGCGUGGGUCGUCACGUUGUUGAGAGACUUGCAUGCGAGGCACUGCCGGCGGCCCUUAUGCAAGCCGAGCGGUUGGUUAGUGGAUGAAGCGCAGGACGCGCAUGCAGAAAUAGCACAGAGACAGUCGCAACGAAGCAAGCGACUCAUGGCGCGCAUGCCCUUCUGCGUGUCCUUCCGCCACCGGGCCGACGCCUUCUCACUACACAGUUCGGACAACGCGCGGCCGAGUGCCGCGGAGGCGACGCGCGUACGGGUGCGGCGGUGCCGCAUCUUGGACGACGGCCUGGCCCAGGUCGCGGCCUUGACGCCUUUACAACUCCAAGGGAGGCUGAGCGUGCAAUUUGUCGACGACUUCGGCCGGACGGAGGCGGGGAUUGAUGCGGGCGGCCUCUUCAAGGAGUUCUGGACCGAGCUAUCCAAGAGGGCCUUCGACGAGGCCUUCGGGCUCUUCCGCACGACGAAGCAUGAUGGAUUGCUCUACCCAAACCCCGACGCGGCGACGGCACACGGCGAGCGGGAAGCGCUGGAGCUGUUCAGAUUUGUUGGAAGGGUGUUAGGAAAAGCAUUGAGAGAAGGCUUGACGGUGCAGCCGAGGUUCUCGCGGAGUUUCCUGAGUUUCCUGACGGGCGAUUUCAACUACGUGACGUUGUUAGAAGAUCUUCGUAGCUUAGACCCGGAGCUCCACAAGAAUCUGCGGUUCCUCCAGUUGUACGAUGGCGACGCGGCGGAUCUGGGCCUGGACUUCACUAUAACUUAUGAGCGCUUCGGCGAGACGGUGACCCAGGACUUGAGGUACGACGGUUCGAAGACAGACGUCACCAACCAAAACAAGCACGCGUACGUCCAGGCCGUCGCGCGGUUCCACAUGGUCGAUCGGUUGAAGAAGCCGUCGGAGGCGUUUGUGGGCGGUCUGGCGGAUGCGGUUGAUGUGUCUCUACUCAGGGUUUUCGCGGCGCCCGAACUACAAGUCUUGAUCAGUGGCGCGGACGCGGCCAUCGACGUUGAUGAUUUGCGCAAGUUCACUCGCUAUGAAAACUGCCGUUCCAAUGAUUCUACGAUCCAACGCUUCUGGGCCGUCUGCAAGAAGCUCUCUCCGUCCGAUCGGGCCGCGCUGUUGAAAUUUGUCACGGCGUGCGAGCGCGGGCCUUCCUUGGGAUUUGGGGCCCUCGAGCCGCCCUUCACCAUCCGCAAGAUCCCGGAUUCUGAUAAAUUGCCCUCGGCCUCGACGUGCUUCAACACUCUGAAAUUACCUUCCUACAGUUCGGAGAAGGUUUUGAAGGAGCGGCUGCUCACGUCGAUCCACUCGGGCGCGGGCUUCGACCUGUCCUAGUGUGCUUUGUUGUGGCUAACUUGUGUUUUUCAACCCACUCGUCGCCCGGGUCGCUAAGCAGGAGGCAUGGCGAGG